AUGAAACAUAAUAGACAAAGUAGUACGGGUACUAUUCACAAUUAUCAAAAUCCCCACCUUUCACUGUGCUACACUAUUUGGCUGACUUUCACACCCUCACCAACCCAUAUUAUUUACGAUCAUGCCAUUACAAUUAGAUAUUAUUUGUUUCCUUUUUAAUUUAUUUUUUUUACUCUCUUCGCCGAUCCCUCUUCGUCUCUUCUCAUCUCUUCCUCAAACCCUCAUUUUCAAUGUUUGUUUGGAUAAUCAAAGAGUUGCAAUUCUGGGCUCAUAAAUUAAUUUUUAUCUCUCUCAUACACACUUGUUUUUUAUUAUGAUUCUUUUACGAAAUUUUCUUUGAUUAUCCAAACAGAGCAUGUAAAAGUUCUUCACUUGCUCCGUAACAAUGGCGACUUUUUGGCCACCUUCUUCAUCUUCAAACUACCCUUCAAUAUUCCUUUAUUUACAAUCAUACCCUUUUCUCUUCUUCCUCCUCUUUCUGACCACCUCUGCAACUUCACUCACCCUUGCAUCCUUAGUGAAUCCUCACUCUUACAUAUCCCCACGAGUCCCUUAUUCCGAUCACUGCAACCACAUAGUUCCAGAGUCUCCGAUCGACCCAUCUCCCUCCGCCGUAUUCAGCCGUGCGUCGCUUGCUUUCGAUUUCAGCUUCUUCUCCGGCGGCGACUCUUUCUUCAAUCGGUAUCAAUCACAGAAUGGUGAUGUUAAAUCAGCUAGAUUCAGACCCAUGUCAAUCCGCAAAACGUUGGGUGAUGGGAAGAUUUACAAGGUUGAAGACAAAUUGACUUUACAAAUCUCAAAAACCUCAGCUUUUUCUUCUUAUUACGGCGGCGAUUUUGGCAAGAAAAAGCUUCAGGUAACGCAUAUCGACGGACGUAGCUCUUGGGGAGGAGCAAGUUUCGAUUUUUCUGGGUUUUGGUCGGAAUCUACAGGACAAGUUUGUAUGGUUGGAUCAACUCAAGUUUUAUCUGUGGAAGGUACUGAUUUGAAGUCCUUUGAUGCUCGUCUUAUGCUUAAUUAUUCCAAUGAGUCUAAUAUCUAUGGAAGUUUGGUUAAGGGAGUGUUAGAGAGCGUGAAUAGCCAGAGUGAGUUUAAAACGAUCUCGAUUCUUGGUGCAAGAAACACUCCUUUGAACUAUGAGUACAAGUUUUUGGAGCAAUCGAAAUCAGAUUGCGAGGUAAACAGUGGAGAGAGUUUGUCGUUAGAGAAUGUUUUUGGAGGAAUGUGUAAGGUUUUUGAAGGUAAUAGUCAUGUGUUUGGUUUGAUGUAUAGAACUGGUUGUGGGAUUAACCAUAGUUAUAGUCCUUUUGGAAGUGAUGUAGAGUACACACCGGGUUUUAUGUCGAUGUUAUCGUUUCUUUGUGACGGGGAUUUGUCAUUUAGUAACAUAAGUAGUUAUAGCAGGUUGUUUCCAUUUGAUCCGAGAACCAGUUUGGUUGUAGAGGGAACUUGGGAUGUGGAGAGGAAUAGGUUCUGUGGUGUUGCGUGCAGGAUCUUGAAUUUCUCGGAUUCUUUGAGUAAUGCUGUGGUUGUUAACUAUUUGUAUAUGUAUAUUAGUGUAUAGAUCAAACUCUUUGUACAGUUGUUUGAAUGUAUAGUUGUUAACAAUCUGUACAGAUAUUCUGAUGUACAAAUACUAAUCUGUACAGUUGUUACAGUGAACGGUUGUUAACUAUCUGUAUAUGUAUAUUAGUGUACAGAUCAAA